GGUGCAGGUUAUGGCUGUUCAGACGAUGUCCUCACCUCACCCAUAGGAAUCAGAGAGAGAGAGAGAAAAUAUCUAUAUUCACAGCUUGACAGAGCAGAAUAAGGGACACACAGGGCAUGCACAGUCUCCAGGAAGGGACUGGCUCUCCACAGAUGGUCCAUGUAAGGUCCAAGAGGAAGUCUCCAUAAAUAGACUAAAGAAAUAUCUUAGAAUAUUAACUAAAAAUAGCUGUACAAUACAGAGAGAGAGAGGGGGGAUUGCAACUAAGAAUUAAAAAGAAACUCUAUUAACAACAAAGCUGCAGCUUGUCUCACAUGCUACUGGGAAGUAAUUUGCUGCAGUGUACAUCCUAUUUUCCACAACUUUUUUUUAAAAAGAGCAUUCUGUGACCUUGGAAACAGAGACACCCAGCUGUCAUGUUCGGAGCCAUCAUGUGAGAACUGACUUUUGAGGAAGGAAUUUGUGUUUCUACUGCUCACCUAAAAUGUUCAGGAACCAGCAGUGUAGGACUCCGAAGAGACCUCCCAGAAAGAGGCCCUACACCUGCGAUUCCUGCCCGAAACUGUUUGAGACCCCUUCUAAACUGGCCAGGCAUUAUCUUACUCAUACCGGUCAAAAGCCCUACCAGUGUCAGGAUUGCAAUAAGACGUUUCGGCAGCUUGUUCACCUCGAGAGGCACAAGGUUACCCACACGCUGCCUUUCCAGUGCAAUGUUUGUCACCGUCACUUCAAAAACAUGGAGACGUUUUCAAGGCACCAGCAGACGCAUAAAGAUCAAGUGAAAACCGCAAAAAAGGCAUCAGCUCUCCGUCUAAAGAAAUGCAGAACAGUUCCUGCUUUUUGUUUUGGUUGUCAGAGGUUUUUUGCUACUGAAGACAAAAGAUUACAUCAUGAGUGUAACUUUGAAAAUGCUACUGAUGGCUGGAAACUUGAAAAUCAGAUGUGCGAAAGGUGCAACAAAGUGUUUCCGUCACGAUCGAAGUUGGAGAGGCACAUGCUUGUACACACUGGCCAGAAACCUUUUCCUUGUGCUCAGUGUGGCAAAUCCUUCAGACAAAAGACUCACCUCCAAAUCCAUGAGCUUACGCACGUUCAGGAAAAGCCUUUCCAGUGUAGCCAUUGUUUUAAGUCCUUUAAGACGCAAGGGAAACUACUCAAGCAUGAAGAGGUUCAUACUCAACAAAUUAAUUUCCAAAGUAUGUUAAAUAUAGGAAAAGGCUCAUUGACUGCAACUUCAGAAGUUAAAGAAGAGCCUGAUGAGGUCUACUCUGUGUAUGUUAUUCCAUUCCAAUGCCCUGCAUGUGAUCAAUGCUUUGAGACCCAGCAAACUCUAGACCGCCAUACAUGUUUCAUAAGAGAAGAUGGGAAAGCAAUCCACUGCCACCAAAAAAACAUAAAGCGAGAAGGAUAUGUAAGGAAGAGGAGAAGACUAAGACUGAUGGAGAUAAUCAAGGAUACGCUCCCAGGACAUUCACAAACUAUAGAGGGAAACCUGAAAAACGAACAAUUGGAAAGGAAAGAAGACCUGCAGACAUGUGAUCUUGAAUGCAGAGAUAUUGACACCUCCAUAAAUAUAUUUAAAUCACAUCGUAAACAAAAAGUCAAGAGGCUAAGUCAAGAUAUGGGGAAAGCGCAAAUGUUCCUGGAGUCACACUUUCAGGGAGAUCUAAACCAAGAAUAUGGGCUCCAUUUGCAAGGAUUUCAAGGAAACCCAGAUGCUGAGACCACCGCCGGUACUUUCUAUGUGUCAAAUCACGAUGGUCCCGGGGAUAACAAUGACACACUGCACUAUUUCCUUCAGGGUGCUCAAGGUGUUUUAGUCCAAAGGCCCAACGUUAGUAAGUGCGACCAGUGUGAAAAAGUUUUCCCAUCUUUGUCCAAGUUACGAAGACAUUAUCUUAUCCACACUGGACAAAAACCAUUUGCGUGCACUGAAUGUGGAAAUAGGUUCCGUCAAGCUGCUCAUUUAAAAAGGCACCAAGUAACUCACAUAAAGAAAGUUACUUCUCACGAGGCACAUGGUUCUUCUGGAGGUCUGUACCUGCAAGAGGAACAGAUGGGGUAUCAACCCCCACUAGAUUAUGCCACAAGUCCAGUGGAAAACUUGCAAGGGCUUGAUCAAAUCACAACAUGCACAAUUGCGGAAAUAAAGGUAGAAAUAGAACCCACCAGUGAAGACAUCCCGAGGUCUCCAAAAAUAAUUUGCAGGAAGCCCAAGACACGUAUGCCAAGAGAUCGGAUUACAAACCCUAAUACAGAGUGCUCCAUGAGGACAAUGGGAACCUGGGGGUCAGUAAAGACCUACAGUUGCAGUGUCUGCACCAAGACCUUCCUGUCCCCUUCCAAACUUGAGAGACACUAUCUCAUGCAUGCAGGGCAGAGACCAUUUGAGUGUCAAGAUUGUGGUAAAACAUUUCGUCAGGACCCACACUUGAAACGACAUCAGCUCAUGCAUGUACGGGUGAAGGAAUAAAAUCCUAGUGGAUGAUGUGCACCAGACCUUUCAUUUAUAACUAAAGCAAUUCCAGAAUACUCUUAUGGUAGCACUUAUGUGAUGAUCUUCGUGCUUAAGUCAAGCAAAACUAGCUGUUGUUUUAUUUACCUAUCAUUAUAUUGUAACAGGAGCUGCUGUAGCAUUGCCCAUGAAAUGACUCCUAAA